AUGUCGCAAGCGCAGCCGUCGCCUGCGCUAGAUGAUCUUGAAAAAGAGCUGGGGUGCUCGAUCUGUACGGAGUUGCUCUAUCAACCGCUCACUCUACUCGACUGUCUACACACCUUUUGCGGAUCUUGCUUAAAAGAAUGGUUUACAGCACAGGCUUCACGGCGCCGCUCGUCGUCGGACAACUCUCCCCGAUUUACAUGUCCAUCCUGCCGCGCUGAAGUGUUACGGACGCGCACAAAUGCGACGGUGACCACGCUACUGGAUAUGGUGCUGGCGGCGCAUCCCGACCGUGCCAGAUCCGACGCCGAAAAGGAAGAAAUCGCCUCGCGUUAUACCCCAGGAGACUCUGUCUUCCCUUCUCUGCCAUCUCAGCGAGACAACCAUGACAGCUCGGAGGAGGAAGAAGACCGGAGGGUUUUACAGCAUGUCCAGGAGAUGAGUCUCCGUGAAAGUCGGGCACAGGCCCGCAGGGAGGCCCGACGGACAGCCGGUCAUUCAGACAGGACUCGAGACAGGAGCGCUCAUCCUGAACGCACCGGGGAAGAAACCAGAUCAAGACGACGGCGAGGCGAAGAUUCGGGACGCCAGCAGGGCACUGCGCGGGUUCCUGGCGAUGCUGAACGCGCACGGCGCAUCCAGCACCAGUCAAGCUUACGGUCACUCCUGAGCUUAUCCUCGGAGGCUGAAACUAUGCAAGAGGAGAUUCUCCGACAGAUUCUCGAGGAAGGCUUGCUGGACGAUGUUGACUUUGACAAUCUCACCGCGGCCCAAGAGGAGGAAUUGAGUGAGCGGAUCGCGGAUGCCUAUCGCCGGAGUCACAUGCAACAGCCACGCGCCUCUUCAGGUUCAAGACGCCGACGAUCUGCCGAGGAUGGUGGGCGCAUUCGCUCACGAUCACGGUCGGUUCAACGAUCGAGCGACAACACCACUACCACUGCUGCCCCCGCCGCCGCCUCCUCCUCCUCCUCUUUGUCAUCCGCUCGCGACAGCAGUGAUAGGCGGCCCCCCGCGACUAGGCCACAUCUGUUUGAUUCACCCACAUCACGUCCGGGAUCAAAUCACCGAAGACGGAACUCGGAGCACAGUCAAAGUCGUCGCCGUGUGUCCCCCGUGCGGGUCAACGGGCCCUCUAAUUCAGAGGGUACGCUGCGGCCGGCCGUUCGAUCUUCGAGUGACAUGACCGUUGAGCGCAUCCACAGCACGCAAACGGUACGAACCAGAGCCGAUGCGCUUGCUUCGCGGCCACGACGCGCGACCGAGUCAGACCAAGGCAUCUCUGAAGUGUGGAUGAACGGAAGUAGAGAGCGAACCUCGUCCGGUACAAAUAUGAGUCAGCUCGGGACAACAUCGACGGCGACGGUAUCGACCUCGAAUGUAGGUACACAGCCGGCUUCCACACAGGUUGCAGGGACGACGGUGGAUCAUUCGGCGCCUUCAAUCUCGUCGCCUCGUGUUCCACCAAGGUCAGAUAGGCGGCCCCGAUCAUCUGUUUGGAACGUGUUGGGUUCGUCUAGCGUCCAGUAUCUGGAGCCGUCGAUCUCGUGUGAUCGAUGUGGAGCUUCCGCUAUCCAAUAUGAUGUGCACAAGAAAUGCACAAAAUGCAGAGACCCUUCUUUCCAUCUUUGCCUACGAUGCUAUCGCACAGAUGGAGAUUAUCCGUCCGGAGAUUCUUCGCGGGUGAGCGGCUUCGAUCCUGUGGCCAAGGCGAUGUACGAGCGGAUUCAAUCAUCACCGAACCAUCGCCCCGCGAAAAUGCGUCAAACAGGUCACGUCAUGCGCGCAUUCAAGUAUGACCGGCCAUCGGAAAGUGCGCAGGUGGUGACAAAUGGGGAGAGGAAGAUCACAAACGACAAUCCCGCGCUGCGUCUAAUUUCCGGCCUCUUCUGUGAUAUCUGCCAGUCGCCCGCCAAUGAUUGCUUCUGGAAAUGUAGCAGGUGCAACGAAGGGGACUGGGGCUUUUGCAAUCGCUGCGUCAACCAAGGGCGAUGCUGUACACAUCCUCUUCUGCCCAUCCGACGCGUCGUUGGAGCCCCCAAGGCCUUGGCCACUAGCACACCAGCCGAUUCCAAUACCCUUUCUCGAUCUAACACCGAGGUCUUCAAGACGCUGUCUUUCUCCACCAACUGCGAUAUUUGCACGUACCCGAUCCCUGCAUCCGUGACUCGCUUCCAUUGCCUGCAGUGCAAUGAUGGCGAUUACGAUGUCUGCACCAACUGCUACCUGAAACUGGUGGCAACGUCUAAAAUCAGCAAAGAGAAUGGUCACAGCGGUUGGCGACGCUGUUUGGCCUCUCACCGGAUGAUCGUGGUGGGCUUUGAGGAUCGAGACGAUGGUCAACGACGCGUGAUUGUCAGAGAUCGAGUCGGCGGCAAUGCUCUCCAGGACGAGCACAUUGCUGGACAAUCGCCGCCCGCCUCGUCAGUAGGCAGCAGCCCCGGUGCCGCCGCCGACAGAGCGAACGGCUACUGGAGCUGGAAAGAGGGAUCCGAGCGACGGAAAAAGGCCUCUCGCCUUCGGGGGCUGUCUUCCUCUUCUCAUGGUGGUGGGCACACCGCGUCCCCCGGUGCCUCCGACUCGGCGUCUGGGAACAGCUCGUCUUCCUUUUCACAAGGGGCGAUUUUCCGUCGUUUCCCACCCGAUGGCGGCGUGGGGCUCGUGGUUCAGGCAAAAUGGUCCUAUUUCCCUGGGGAGGAAGAUGAAGAUGAGUUAUUCUUCCCUCGCGGAGCGGAGAUCAAAGAGGUUGACGAUGUGAACGAUGAGUGGUUCUGGGGCAGUUAUGCUGGCCGAACGGGAUUAUUCCCCGGUACUCAUGUCACGGUUGUGGGAGAGAUCAAAUGA